UCACCUGCAGGUGACGCUUCCUGUUACUUCCCGUUCGAGUUCCAGGGCGGUUACAUUACGCAGAACACGGUCACGCCGGAGGGUGCGGUCAGGUAUAGCCGCAUCAACAUUACGGAGAAUGCGAUCCCACUGUGGGGCAUGUGCCACAAGCGGCGGGAUAACAACGUGAUCCUGAUGACCGGUUCGGAGGAGGCAAGCUGUUACCGCUGCUUUCACCUGAAGCUCGUCUCGAAGAACGUCCUCCGGGUGUUGGCGGCCGACAAAGACUAUCUGUCCAAGUGUCACACGAACGAGGAGAAAGCGUUCGCCUCCUGUCUGACCGACGAGGAUCUGCUGAACGAGGCAAAAAAUACCGAGAUCAUCCUCUACAAAUUCCACGAAUGGGAUGGUGCCGAGGUACGGCAGGAGUACUGCCCCAUCCACGGCCGGUACCGGAUGACGUACAGUGUCGACAGCAGCGAUACAACGGACGGUAUCGAGUGCGACUCGGUCGAGUCGGAGGUGGACAACUGCCCGUCCGGGUCGGCGCUGAAUCUGCGCUUCCGCAACUGUGCCUUCCCGGACCGGGAGGUGACGUUCGAAUGCUUGGGACACUGGCGGGGCUUCGGCAAUCGGAACUAUCUCGCACUGCUCAGCACCGGUAACGAGUCGCGGCUCGGGCCCAAGUAUCGCUGUGCCACCUACACGGAGAACCCGAAGACGGGCGAGAUCGAGAUCUCGUUCAGCCGGGACUCGACCUGCCGGGCAAUCGAGCGGCAGUACGUCCGCCAUCCGAAUUCGCGGUACACCAACGGCAACGGGAUUGGCAGUGAGUAUCAUCACGAGGUGCUGACGUUACGCCCGAUUCCACUCGAGUUCGGUCCGGUCACGCAGUACUGCAGCUUUCCCAGCUGGUUGAUCGGGCGCUGGGAGCACGUGAUCGUCAAUCAGAACCAGCUCAUCUACAAAGACCACAACACCUUCAAGACGUACACGAUGAAGUGCGUCAAGAACUACACCAACCACGACUCCAACAAGUACAUCGUCUACAGCCAAACGCAAUGCGGUGAGGAGAUGUACCAGUGUUUAAAAAUCGAGCGGCGCGAUACGAAUGUGUUCGAGUUCCAGAUAAGCAGCCGCCAGUCGGCCAACUACACCGCCACGAUAUGCAACGAUUUCUACUUCAAUGACGACCGGUGGCUAACGCAGGGUCGGCUGGACAGCAACGACAUCGUCUCACCCUGCCCAAUUAUUGGCGAGUUUUCGGGCAUUAUCCCGGACGACGAAGGUCUGUGCGCGAAGCUGUCGUCCGAGUGCGAAUCGCAGGACAUCAUGUACUAUCAAAUCUCGGCCUGCGACUACAUGAACGAGGUGUACGAAGAGCGCGAAUAUCGCUGCCUUGGCCAGUGGACGCACCGGAACAUCGUGUACACGUACACCCAGCGUCGGGACGUCGGUACGUACGAGUGUUUCGUCGGUACGAUGCUGUCCGAGCGGCAGAUCUUCAUCAAGGAGGCGGGCGAACACUGCCAGCGGGACGUCAAUCCGCACCGGUUCGGCAUGGAGCUGAACAAGGUGGCCCACUGUACGCAGCCCGAGGUGUUCAAGUCACCGGGCCGGCCCACCCACAAGUACUCGGACGUCCCGCAGCCGACCCAGCGGCCAGGGCUGGCGAAUGGCGGCAGUGGUGGUGGUGGUGCCGGCGGGCACACGGGAGUCCUCGCUGGCACCAGCGGCAAUCACUUCCACCAAAGUUCCUCGCCGUCCGCGGUACCCAACUCGACGGCCGCACCACCGUCCAGCGCUACUACCGGGCGCAGUAACGACGGUAGCAGCCGCGGUGGCAUCGGCACUAGCGACGGUAGCAGCAGUAGCGGUGGCGCUACCGGCAGCAACAUCUAUCCCCCGUAUAAGACUAAUUCCAAACACGAACCGGCCUCGGUAAAACCGGGCACCGUCGGCUCAACGGCCGCGCAUGUACAGUCGCACUAUACCUAUUUAUUGUUAGCAACGUUUAUCUGUGUUAUUCUAGGUUGUAAGAAAAUUAGCUGUUAA